UGUAUAUAUUUAUUAGUAUUUAUAUGAAAGAAAAAAAACAAACAUUUCUCGAAAUCUUUAAUACAUUUCGUUCAAAGCAAGAAUUAAAUAACCAAGAUCCCUUUUCGGCUGCCUGUUGUGCUUUUUUAAAAUUUGAAAAUACCAAUAAUCAAGCAACCCGAUUAUCUAUACUGUAUAUUUUAUAUAGUUACUAUGCUUCCCUUCCUCUUCAUCAUAAUCCCUUUUUAACUUUUUUCUUACAACUCAUUGAUGAUUUACCUUCUUCUUCUACUGAGCAGCACUUUGUAUAUUGUAUAUUGGAAAAUUCAUUAUCUUAUUUAGAUAAUAAAUUACCACAAGACGUUAGUGAUGAUCCCAAUAAUAAAUUACCAGUAAUACAAAAAAAGAAAAGCCUAAUAGAUUCUUUAAAGUUAAAAGUAGCUAGAUUAAUUGAUGAUCCUAAUAUAGUCAUUUUAAAUGAACAAGUUAUCAACUUAUUAUCGAGUGUUUGUUCUCGAGUAUUAACAAUAUCAGAAAAUGAGAUGCUAAGGAAUGAGCGAUUAUUAGAUUACCCUUUAACAAAGUAUAUAUCACCAAAUCAGUUACCCAAAUUAAUUGAUUUAAAUCAAUUUAUUGCACUUGAUAUUGUACCUAUCUUAUUGAAAACAAAUUAUGCAACACUCUAUUUACAGUCUUUGUUGAAUGUGACAGUGACAGUGAAUUCACUGGAAGUUAUUCAUUGCAUCUUAAUAAUGCAUCACAUGCAACUAUCUCAAGAAUUCUUACAUUAUUAUAUAUCAAACAGUAUUCGUUCAUGUGAUCAACUAGAAGAAGAGGGGCCUAAAAAAGAUAGGCAAGUAAAACAGGUAGCUCGAUUCAUUCAAUCAUUAGUAGAGAAAGGCAUUAUAUCUAUGGCAGAUUAUUUUAUUGAAAUACAAUCGUUUUGUGUUAGUUAUAUGAAGUAUAAGAAUGUAACCAACUUGUUUCGCUUAGCUUCGUCUAGUCGACAACAUAACCUUUUAAACCAACAAAGAGCAGCAUCCUCUGUCUAAUUAUGUAUUUAAAAUAAAAAGUUCAUUUGCAUAAACAAUCUCUACUGUACUGUAUAAAAGUGAAUCUUCUGUUGAUUGGAUAAAAUCGUAAGAUUUAAUUUUUUUUUCAUAAAGCAGACUUAACUUAUGCAUAAGCGUCUCUAAUAUGUUUCGUCGUGCUCAAAUGUGAA